AUGUCCGACACUGAAGAACCCACCUCCCCCGUCGCCGAGGUCGCCGAGGCCGACGAAGUUGAAGUCUCUGGAGAUGCCGCAUCCAAGGGUCAAAUGUCCGUUCUCGAUGCUUUGAAGGGCGUUCUCAAGCUUGCGCUGAUGCACGAUGGUCUUGCCCGUGGUCUGCGUGAGGCUUCCAAGGCUCUGGACAGACGCCAAGCACACAUGUGCGUCUUGAACGAGGCUUGCGAAGAGGAGGCGUACAAGAAGUUGGUUGUUGCGCUAUGCUCAGAGCACAAGAUCCCCUUGAUCAAGGUUCCUGAUGGAAAGCAAUUGGGCGAGUGGGCUGGUUUGUGUGUGUUGGACCGUGAGGGAAACGCACGCAAGGUUGUCAACUGCUCUUGCGUUGUUGUCAAGGAUUGGGGUGAGGAGUCCCAGGAGCGAUCCAUCCUCCUCAACUACUUCCAGACCGAGCAGUAA